UUAAGGCUGCUGAAGGUGUUUCUUUUUGUGACGGUUGCUCAUUAAACCAGCAGGUUUUGGUGACCUGCUAAGUUAAGUUCAAACCCUUGCUGAACCGGCAGCGCCUGGCACUCCUCAGCCUAGCUCAGCUCUGCCAGGUAACUGGGAUCUCACUGUAGCUCUUGGAACCGCAUUCUGAACUUGACCAUCGCGAGGGGAAGCAGCUGGAAUAAAAUCUCUUGGGGCGCAGUGGGAAAGAACCCGGGAGCUAUGCUUGCCCUUUCCCUUCGGCUUCCUUGGACCUCUACUCGCUCCUCACCUCCUCCCACCCCACUUCCUUGCUCUCUAAUCUCACCUCAUUCUCUCCACUCCUAACCCCUCACUCUUGCCUUCUCCCCCUUUCUCAGCCCCACCCCAAACCUUCCUCUUCAGUUGAGAACUGACCUUGGCUGCUUCUCAUUCCUCCUCUUCCCACCUCCCCAUUCUGCUCCCUUCAGUUUCUCCUUCCCUUUCUCCUCUUUCCACCUUCUCUCCUCACUCCCUGUUCCCCUCCCUCUCUUUCUUUCUUUCUUUCUACCACCUACCCUUCCCCGCCCCCCACCACCACCUUCCCUCUGCCUCAGCCCUCAGUGUUUGCUUUUCUCCCGGAUGCGGAUGAAAGGGUUGGCCUGCCCGUGCCCUGCCCUACCCAACUUCUUGGAACUGGGGGCCUGCUUAAUGGCUGAGGGUUCCCGGACUCAGGCAUCGGGUCAAGGGCCUCCUAUCAACGUCCAGCUCCUCCGCGCCCAGUAUGAAGGUCUGAGGAGACAGCAGAGGACCCAAGCCCACCUGAUGGUAUUUCCUAAAGAAGGGACCAUGCUUACUCCAGCUGAAUCGAUGACCAGUGCCGUUUGGAUUAACAAGGAGAGAAAGAGCUCCCUGUCCCCAGAAGAGACUGACUCUGAGGUUGAGGGGAUGCUGGAGGACAUGGACAGAAGCUGCCAUCAGGCUCCCGAGACUCCAUGGCACACCUACCUAGAGAUGCAUCGCUUGGUCCAAACUCUCCAUCAGGAAACCGGCCACCAAGGGAACCCCAAGGGCUACCCUGUGGAGUCAGAACCAAGGCUCUCUCCAGAGGGAGACCCUCAUGUGCUGGAAAACCAUCAGAAGACUCAGCAAGAAACCGAAAUCGCAGAGGCUGCCCAGUGUCAAAGUCAGGAGGGCUGUGGUCCACUACAGGCAGCAGGCUCAGGUUUGCCAGGCGGGAUCCAGUGUCUUUCUUCCACAAAGAACCUACACAGGUCUGGAAAGCCGACACAUUACCCAUUUCCCCAGAGGAAACUUCCCAGGAUCUCCCAAGCUGCCCGGAACCUGGGCUUAUACGGCCCACCCUGAAGCUUCACACAGCCAGGUGUCUCUUCCUUGUGGCCAUCAGGCAGCUCAUCAAGGAACUGGCCCAGCCACAACCAGACAGAGCCUUGAACAAUGAGCCACAAUGACACCAUCCCAACUGUUGGAAUCCUGAGAACUGAACUACUUCAUGGGAAGUGGUCUUUCCCUUCAAGCAGUCUGGAGACUGCCCACCAGACUGUUUAAGUCAAGAUGAGCGUGUUCUCUCAUCCACGUGACCCCAUUUUAGUCGUAUAGAAAAGCAUCCCCAGUUGUCCUAGAUGGUUUCUCCAUGACUGGGACCAGUAGAACACUUGGUCCCAGAAGGAAGACAGGAAACUUAGCCAGAGGGAUAGUUUCACAAUGUAUGGGGGGUCAGUGGAUAUAAGAGAUCUUUUUUUUUUUUCUCAAUAUUUUCUGAUUCUUUGUAUAUUCUGGGAAGAUCUUUGAGAAUUUAGAUCCUUUUUUCUGGUUGCUCUGUCUGGGGAUUUAGAAACAAUUUAGUUAGUAGCAGGGCUCACACCUUUUCCUCGUAAGCCUCCCAGACUGUGGUCAGCCCUGGUGGCAGGUCCUUUCCACCUACCAUCCUGGGCGUUCAAGGAGUCCUUGGGGAAGGGUGGUUCCUCUCACCUGUCACGGAGGUGGUAUAGCCCAGCUUCAUCACAAAUUUGUUUCUGGUCAGCCUUCUCUUCUAUCUUUUUCCCCCAUUCUUCCUACCCUUGUGUUCUCUUCUGUCUAUUAACUUCAUAUUAAAAUCCACCAACCCCUAGCCAGGUGCGAUGGUUAAUGUGUGCAGUUCCAGGAGGUGGAGGCAAAGUCAAGAUGAUGAAGCAUCAGGCCUGUGUUAUGGUCCUCCAUGUUAUGUGUGUCUGGUCCUCCAACCAGACAGCAAACAAAUUAUAAGCAAGUGCUACCAUGCUCAACUUCUUGCAUGAGUGCUGGGGAUCUGAACUCUGGUCCUCACGCUUGCAUGGUGCUGGGAGCCAGGGUGAUCCAAGGCUUUCUCAGAGGCCCAGAUGAAAGGACAAAGGGAAUGCUAGUUCUGUGUUUUUGUCCAGAGACUGACUUGGCAAAGUCUGGUCUGGGGCCUGAGCCUCGAAGGAGUUAAGGUUUCUGUGCCUGGGGAAGUUGGCGUUCUCCCCUGAAGGGCUGUGGCUAUCAGUCCCAAGGCAGCUGGGCCUAAGGGAUCCUGUGUUCUCUUUGCUAGCACUGUCUCUACUGACCUUGGCCCUUCUGCCCCUACAAAUAGUGUGUAAGAUUCUGUACUUCUUGGGGCUAAAGAGAUGGCUCAGUGGUUCAGAGCACUGACUGCUCUUCCAGAGGACCCGGGUUCAAUUCCCAGCACCCACACGGCA